UACUACGUUUACGGACCCGUACCCCAUCAUCAGCUGAUCGGUGCACUGCAGGAACAAAAGUUUUGUUGUAUUAUGUUGAUGAGCUUUCAGUUUCAAUCGAAUGGUUUGGUUGUCCUGGAAUUACAAACUGGCUAUCAAUCAGUCACUCAGGUUUAGGUUUGGCAACAGCUGACGAGAGAUUCCGUUGAUAGCAUUCCAAGAUGUCACUUCUCGCCUACUACCAGUACCAUCACCCCCGUCGCUGGGCUCUGGCCACCGUUCUGAUCUGCCUGUAUGGCUUCCUGAAAGCCAUGCGCCCUUCGGAGCCCUUCCUGACCCCCUACCUGAUCCAGGUCAAGAACAUCACGGAGGGGGACCUGGACAACGUCGUCUACCCGUACUGGACGUACUCAUACAUGCUGGCGCUGGUACCCGUCUUUCUGUUCACCGACCUCUUCCGGUACAAGCCGGUGGUGGUCUUCGAGGGGUUGGCGUAUAUCGGGACCUGGGCGAUCUUGUUGUGGGGCCAAGGGGUGCCCCAGAUGGUACUCAUGCAGUGUAUGUACGGACUCGCAACUGCCACUGAAAUUGCCUACUAUGCUUACAUCUUCGCCGCUGUUCCAAUGGAGCAGUUCCAGCGAGUGUCCAGCUACACGCGAUCGGCCCUCCUGACGGGCAGAUUUGUCGCCGGCGCCCUGGGACAGCUCCUGAUCUCACUGAAAGCCACCACGUACUACGGUCUGAACGCCGUGUCCAUGACCAGCGUCGUCUUGUCGCUGGUCGUGGCCGUCGCGCUUCCCAGCGUCCGCCAGACGCUGUACUUCCACCGCGGCGAUGCUCGCGACCAACUUCCUGGGGAGCCUGACCCCUCUGCGGGUAGCCAGCAAGAUGGCACAGGGGUGGAAGAGCUAAACCACACAGCUCUUACCCCGCCUGUGGAACACGAUCCGCCAAACUCUUCCAAUCAAAGCAAAGAUGCUUCCGAAUUCCCAACCCCAGCAUAUAACGACCCAAAUCCUCCGAAUCCACCAGGCACGUGGUUCCAGCGUUCCGUCAGGGGCUGCAAGAGCAAUUUCACCCAGAUGUGGAGCGACUUCAAGAGCUGCUACGGGAACUUCGACCUCCUGAAGUGGUCCCUCUGGUGGGCCUUCGCCACCUGCGGCAACUUCCAGGUCGGAAACUACGUCCAGAACUUGUGGGAGAUCAUUUACGAGAAACCAGGGAACAGCGGUAUGAACACGGACGUGUACAACGGUGCAGUUGAAGCUGUGGCGACCCUCAUGGGAGCUGUUUCGGCCUUCCUGAUUAUGUUUGUGCGGAUGGACUGGCACCACUUUGGCGAGCUGUUGCUAGGCGUGGUCUCCCUCCUAGAAGCCGCUCUUCUGGUCGUCAUGGGAGUCACCAGCAACAUCUGGCUGUGCUAUGCCUUCUACAUUAUCUUUCGCUCCUCCUACCAGUUGGUAAUCACCAUAGCAACAUACCAGAUAGCUAAGCAGCUUGCCCUAGAGCGCUACGCUCUCGUGUUCGGCCUGAACAUGUUCAUCGCGUUAGCACUUGGGUCUGCUUUGACGUUUAUCGUAGUGGACUCCCGGACAUUGAACACGCCUGCAAAUACACAGUUCAUUGUCUACGGCGGCUACUUUUUCGUCCUAGCUUGCGCAUUCUGCGCCAAGGCAGUCUACUCCAUAUCGGUGUAUGGCUGGCGGGCUGCCUGGCGCGCCCGUCUGGAGUCCCGACCCACGCAUCACAAUCAGCAGCAGCAGCCAGCUGUGCUGGUGGAGGAAGGAGACCAGACUGGCUACCGCCAGUUUCGCAAUGAGGACAGCGACGCUGGCGACGAAAGUGAUGUUUGAAAGCAGUUGUUUAAAUGAGCUAGAGGAGCCAUCUUAGUUGUUUUAUACCGUUGAGUAAGCUUGGGCGAUCCACACUGAUUGAAAAGAACUGGUUUUAAGAUUGGGCUGUAUCUGAAGGAAAUGGCUACAACUAGUAGUAACACACGUGCCUAUGGGAAGUGGCUGUACUCACUUCCCAUAGGCUCAUGUAUAAUUGCGAGCCGUAGCCACGUUAUUUGGACAUAGCCUAGAUUCCUAGAAUCAGAAAUGUGACUCCCCUGUUUUGAGGAAUAAAAGAAGUACCCACUUUCAAGUCCCCAGAUAUCUUAUUGAAGACACCUCAAAAAGUUAAUGUUGUAAAUGUUCACGUCCUUAGAAUGAUUACAUUAGCUAUUUACUACUGUUAUGCCAUUUUAUUUCCUUCUGGUAAUUAAUUAAUGAAACCAGGGAUUCCUCAAAAGUGCCCUGAACACUGUAGCUCGAAAGCCUGAAGUAACCUGUGGAGAGAAGACAAUGAGAACAAAUUACAGUUUUAGAGGUGGGAGGAAAACCCUGGAAGUAUUUUCUGGGGAAACCCACGGAAUCAGGUAGGAGCUGAAAGCCCGAUCCACAGGUGGACCAGGGCAGGAAUCGAACCCGGGCCAUAGCGGUGGAAGAUGAAGAAAGUAACCACUGCGCCAUUAUGUCAUUAGUUUUUGAUUUUUGUCAAUGCCUCUUGACAAAGUAAAUUUUGUGUUGAUUCAGAACGAUGGCUUCUAGACAGAAUCGGAAUCGAUACGGAAAAUUCUGCAGUUUUUUUUUUAUAGUUUUCUGCAAAAAGAACUGCCUUACCUGAAAUUUUAAAGUGACUGAACUUCCUAUUCAAUUUAUUUCUUUAAGUUAUUGUUUUUUACUGCAAUUGUAUUUUAUCUAACUGGAAAUAAGUUAACUAAUUUUUGUAACGGUGCAGACUGUAGAUUGAACAAAGUUUCGUACUACCAUUUAAAGGGAAGAUACAACAUUUGCAAACAUCAAAAAAAGAAAUGAUCAAAUUAUCAUGAAAUACCUUACUUGAUUGUUAGGGAAUGACAGUCUAAAGCAUCCUGUAAAAUCGUGG